UUGUUUUUUAGGAAGGUAUAAGAUUGCUUAAUUGCUACUACUAUGUUUCCAGAUCUUUGGGUGACAUGGUUGGUGAUCGGGAUUCGGGACAUUUGUAUUUAGAAUUGCAAGGUAUAUUGACCAGUAAAAAGUGAAGUCAAAAGGCUGAAGACUACAAGACUCUUUAGGACUUCCAAUCAAGGGAGAGACCUUCCAAGCUACGCCUUGUAAAGGGUAAAGUCGCAAAUCCCUUCAUUUUACAUGAUCAUAUACAGACUACAUCAUUUGUACAGAGAAAUGUGAUGUUGUAGUCGGAAUUAUAUUUCGACUCCAUCGCAGCAACUCGAAAAAUGAAUUUUAUUUGAAUAUCUAACCUAAUGUUUUUUGUGCCAUGGGCUUGAAAAAUGAAUUUUAGGGUUUGAGAUGGUCUAUUAAACGGCGAGAGAGAAAGGGGGUUUAGGGUGUGGUGUUUAUUCUUGAUUUUGUUCUAGGUUGUGGUAACGAGAAGGAAGAUCAUCGCCAUAAUAUGGCAGAAGAAUCAACCUCUAAUGUUGAAGUUGAGGAUUACUUCUCCUACCUCUCAACUCUCUUUGAUGAUCUUCACCACAAUAUAGGAAUAGAAUCAACCUCUAAUGUUGAGGAUGACUUUUGCAUCUCAACUCUCUUUGAUGAAGACAAAGAGGUUGGCGAAUCUUCGCACAGCUUCUGCGAAAUUUGCUUGGAACAGAAAGAAAGUGAUGACAUGUUUAGGAACCGAACUUGUCAGCACUCCUUCUGUUCCGACUGUACAAGCAAACAUAUUGCUGCAAAGAUUGAAGAGAAUAACAGAUUUGUUAUGUGUCCGGGUUUGUACUGCCAAGCAGUGCUAGAGCUCAAUGAUUGUAUGGCGAUAAUUGGGAGGGAAGUGGCUGAAAGGUGGAAUGAAAUGCUGUGUGAGUCUAUGAUUUUGGCAGAAGAAAGAUUUUAUUGUCCUUUUAGGGACUGCUCUGCCCUGUUGGUAAAUGACGGUUUUGGAGAGGCGAUCAGGGAGUCGGAGUGUCCGGUGUGCCGGAGACUGUUCUGCGCGCAGUGCUAUAUCCCGUGGCAUCCGGGGGUAGAGUGCGAGGAGUAUCAGAGAUUGAAUGAGGAUGAAAGAGGGAGAGAAGAUCUGAUGGUGAGAGAGCUUGCUAGGGAGAAGAAGUGGAUGAAAUGUCCACACUGCAAUUAUUAUGUUGAAAAAACAGAUGGUUGUUUACACAUGACUUGCAGAUGUGGAUUUCAGUUUUGCUAUGCAUGUGGAGCAAAUUGGACUCAAAAUCAUGGUGGUUGUCAGGCUGCAUGAUUAGCAGAUUCAAGAAAUGUGAGACAGAGGGUCAAUGCUAUCUACCCGGGGGCAUUAGGCAUCUUUUUAGGUCUGUCGGGAUGAUCCUCUAUUCAAAUGGUGGGAUGCAUGCUCAAUAUUUGUGCGGGACUAGAUCUAGAAACAGUUUCGUGAGAUGAUGCUCUUGCUGUGUAGCAUUGUCGGCACAUGCAAAAUGGCUCCUACUUCAUUCAAUCCUUGUUCCUGUUUCUGUUUGUGUUUCAAAGGUUGUAUGCAAAUGCCUCUUUUGUUUUGUAGCCCGUGUUGUAUGUUUGCUCGGGUAAAAAUAAAAAAAUUAUAACUCUUUUUCGGGAA